AUGAAGACUUUCGAUGAGAACGGUACUGCUCACGCGACUGUUUACUCAGCGAACUUCCUCAACUACCUCGCCAUCGCCUCUCAAUUUCCUAAUCUUCUUCUCAACUUUAUUAACAUUUUCGUAACAGUCAAGGGCGACUUAACGAAGCGAAUCUCUCUUUCUCUAGUAAUCGUCGGCUCAAUGAUCAUCUUCACAAUGAGUUUUGUCUACGUCGACACAUGGUCAUGGAUGGGCACAUUUUUUGGAAUCACUCUUCUGUCUAUCGUUCUUCUAAAUGGAGCCAAUGGUAUCUACCAAAACAGCAUCUUUGGCCUCGCGUCAGAUUUUCCAUUCAAGUUCACUAAUGCCGUUAUCAUUGGUAAUAACCUUUGUGGGACCUUCGUUACUGUGGUUAACAUCAUUACCACUUUGAUAUCUAAAGAUACCGCGAACGCAGCGUUUGCAUACUUCGGAAUUUCUUUAUUCACCCUUGUCAUCUGCUUUGCCUCAUUCUUCGUUCUAAAGAGACAAAGAUUUUAUCAGUAUUAUUCGAAACGAGCAAUGCAGGCUAGGGCAGCUGAAGAUGCUGAAAAGAAUGGUGGAUUAUCCGCCCAAGAUUAUCUGGAAGCUUUUAAGCAGGGAUGGCCGCAGAUGCUCAACGUUUAUUUGGUGUUCUUUGUGAGUCUCACUAUAUUCCCAGGGAUCAUGGUGGACGUACGUGAUGAACUGUUAGGGCAAAAAUACGCUUUUAUCAUACCUGAAAGAUUUUUUGUACCAAUCACUUGCUUCUUGCUGUUCAACGUCUUUGCUUUCAUCGGUUCCAUGUUGGCCGGUCGCUUCCAAUACCCAAGCCCGGAAAAACUCUGGAUAGCCGUUUAUCCGCGUCUUCUCUUCAUACCAUUCUUUGCGUUUUGUAAUUACAGACCACUUACUAGAACAUGGCCAGUUCUGUUUCCUAGCACAUGGCUGUACAUGCUCAUGGGAUUAAUCAUGAGUAUUUCGAGUGGAUAUCUUAGCGGCCUCGCAAUGAUGUACACUCCUAGAGUUGUGGAGGCAUCGAAAAGUCGCAUUGCAAGUAUGAUGGCCGGAUUCUUUCUUAUCUUCGGUAUUGUUAGUGGCUUGGCCUUCACCAUCGUCGUCUCGGCUUUCAUUGAGUAUAAGCAUUGA